CCAUAGGCGCGCUGACUGCCUUGCGCGCCAACGCGACAACCUAGAAGCACCACGCUACGAGUCGACGCGUCGACUGCGCCACCUCUAUCUAUAGAGCUUGCUACUAGCUCAAGUCGCGUGUUCAGCAGUCGCGGCGCGCUGUGGAGUGGCGAGGUCCUGGGAGGCCUCAAGGCUGCACAGCAGCUCGCCGGGUGGGCAGGAGAGCGCCAGGGACGCUCAACUGCUCGCCAGAUUUCCAGCAGGCGGGCGACUGAGGCAGACCAGGCCUCCGCGCCUGUCACAGUGGUUGCUUAAGGCACUAAUCGUGGCCACUUAAUCUACGAAUGAACGGGGGCGCCGGUUCGGCGCGCCCGUCAGGUGGCGGUAGGGCUUCGUCGCGGUCGAAAGGCUCUUUGUGCACCAGUUGCCAGCAGCCUCUCAGCCAGAAUGAAAUGCUCCUGGCUAAUGCAAUGGAAGGCCGCUGCUCUACCUGCCAGCAGCUCGUUGAGGCGGAGGCCGCCUGCCGCGUGUGCCACAUCCCCUGGAGCAGUAACCAGACAAACGUGACAGCCUGCGACGCAUGCGGCUUCUCCAUGCACAAUGACUGCGUUGCCAAGGGCGCGCUACAAAGCACGUCCCAAGGCCGCAUCUGGACCACCUGUCCGCACUGCCCGCCCACGCUCCACACCACGCCCGGCGGCGCCGCAGCGCCACCAGCCCGCGAUUCGGCCGACGGUACUGGCAGCGCCACCGUGGCCGCGGUUGCCGGCGGCGGCGGCGGGUCAGAGCGCCGCAUGAAGCGCGAAUCCAGUGGCGGCGCGGCGUCGGCGGCCCUCGCCAUGCAGCUCUCCAACGGCCAGGGCGGGCGGGCCGGCGGCUCCAUGGCCGGCGGCAACAGCGGCAGCGGCGCAGCGGCGGCCGCAGCGCUCGCAUCACCUUCGGGCGCCGGCGCCUUGUCCACCGUGGCUGCGGCGGCGGGCCCCCAGCUGCAGCAGGUGGCGUCGUUGCUGCAAGGGCAGCUGCGGAUGCUGCAGGCGCAGCAGGCGGCGCUGCUCGCACAGUACGAGGAACAGCUGCGGGCCGUGACGCCGGCGCUGCAGCCGAACGCCUAUGCGCUGUUUCAGUUGGACAUGAUACGGGUAUACGAGGAGGAGGGCCUGCACAUCGACCCGCCGGAGCUUCAGCCCAUCAUCUCCAACGCCUGGCACCAGCUCACGCCCGAGGAGCGAGCCGGCUACGACGGCCGCGCCGCCGCGGAGGCCGCCGCCUGGUCCGCCAACGCGGCGCUGUACACCUCGCUGUACCUCGAGUACGAGGCGCUGGCGGCGCAGCUGGACAUGGCGCCGGACGCCGCGGGGCUCAUGCCCAAGCACGUGCAGGGCGUGCUGGCGGCGGCGCGGCAGCAGGCGGCGGCGGCGGCGGGGCCAGCACGGCUGGCGGGGAAAGGAGGCGGCGGGCGGCAGUCGGCUGGGAGCGGCGGUGGAGUCGGGGGGCGCGGGCGGGCGGCGAGCCUGGGCAGCGGCGGCAGGCCUGAGGCGGGGGCGAGCGGCCGCGGGGUGAAGCGCGGCUUGGAUGCACUGGUGGGUGCGUCGGCACUGCUGGGUAUGGGCGGCGGCAGCAGCGGCGGCCCCGGGGGCCUGCGCGAGGGCAGCGGCGGCGGCGGCAGCGGGAGGGAGCGACUGGCGGCCGCCAGCGCGACCGACGGCGAUGACGAGGACGAUGAAGACUAUGAGGCUGAGGCUGGCCUGGUGGCGGCAGCCGGCAAGCGCGCACGGCGCGCCAUCUCACCCGCUGUCACCACCGCGCCUGUGUCUUCAUCUGCUGCCGCCGCCGCUUCUGCCGCGGCGGCAGCCGCAGCCGCGGCGGCGGUGGCAGCCGGCGCCGGCGGCAGCCUGGCUUCUCGGCCGCAGCCCCGCAACACGCGGCUGCCGGUGGACCUACUGCCGACGGGCGUGGCGGACCUGCCUGCCAGCAUGCCGGUGUCGUGCUGCGACGUGGCCGGCACCUUCGUCAUGGAUGGAAUAAAGGUGGUGUGCCAGUGCAAGGACUGCGCCGGCCUGCCGCGCGCGCAGCGGGAGUUCCACCCCACGCACUGGGAGCAGCACUGCGGCGCCGGCACCGCCAAGAAGUGGAAGGCCAGCAUCAAGAUUGAGCCGGGCGGCGCGCCGGAGGUGCCGCCGGGCGCCAACCCCAUGCAGAUCGGCAAGUGGUUCGACAUGCUGGGUGUGGAGUUCCGACCGGCCAAGACCACAGGCGGGCCGCCCGUGCUCGAGUUCACGGGCGCCACCAUCAGGCGGCUGGAGGCUGCGGAGGGAGCCAAUGGCGGCUCGGUGGGGCCGCCGCCGCUUGCAGCCGCAGCCGCGGCGCCCGCAUGCAGCAACGGUGCUGCCGCCGCGGCCGCCCUGGGCACGGGCCUGCUCGGCCUGGGCCUGGCGGCGGCGGCGGACGGCAAUUUGCCCGCCAGCCUGCCGACGCCGGCACCGCCGCAGUCCAUGGCGCAGCAGCCCUCACCGCCGCCGCCGCCGCCGCCAGCGGCGCCAAUCUCAGCGCCGCCUGCAUUGCGCCCCGGGCGGCCGCCGGCCGCGACGUCAGCGAGCCGCGCCAGCGCGCCGCCGGCGGGCUCCGCUACCAGCGGCGGCGCCGCCGCCGCCGCUGGUCCCUCGCUGGACGGCGUGCCGGCGGCGGCUCCGACACCACCAACGCCCGCAGCCGCCAACACCACAACCGCCGCCGCCAGCAAGCCCCCACGGCCCCCGGUGUCCGCCGAGCCAUGGCUGGACUACCUGCGGCCGGGCCAGCUGUACAGGCCGGUGCGGGCGCGCUGGGCCGGCGACCGCUGCAGCGUGUGCGACAGCGAGAUAGACGCCGACAGCGACCGCCUGGUCAGCUGCGACUGCUGCGGCAUCACCGUGCACCAGAUCUGCUACGGGAUCACGGAGGCGCCGGGCCUGGACGAGAUGUGGCUGUGCCGCGCCUGCGAGCUGCGGCAGCCGGGCCCCCCCGGCCAGCCGCCGGCGCAGUGCUGCCUGUGCCCGGUGGCUGGCGGCGCGCUCAAGCCCACCACCCUGGGCCCCGGCACCUGGGCGCACAUGGUGUGCCUCAACUGGCUGCCCGAGCUCACGUGCGGCGACCCCAUCACGGGUGAGCCGGUGGACAACAUCCCCGGCAUCCAGCGCGAGCGCUGGGAGCUCAGCUGCUGCAUCUGCAAACAGCGCAUGGGCGCCAAGAUCCAGUGCGCGCUGUGCUACCAGGCCUACCACCCGCUGUGCGGGCGCAUGGCGGGUCUGCACAUGGAGGUGGCGGUGGCGCCCGGCGGCAAGGGCCUGAAGCGGACCAACUUCUGCCCGCGCCACUGCAAGCCCCACCCCAAGCUGUCCGGUGUGCAGCGGAUACGUGAGGACGGCACCACGGACGCGGAUGACGGCGCCGUGAAUGGGCUGUGGAACGCGCAGCCCUACCCGCCGCAGCCGUCCGUGCCGGUGCCGCAGCCGGAGGCGGGCUGCUCGCGCGCUCAGGCGCUGGAGCUCAAACGCAUGUCACACGGCACAGGCAACGGCUACACAACAGUCAAGGGCUUCUGGAUCCCAGACCCACCUGCGUCGCCGCCCGCACCGGCAGCCGCACUUAUAGGCGGUGGCGGCGGGAGCGCCGGCGCCGGCGCCGCAGCAGGCGGCACUGCCGGCGGCGGCAUCACCGCCGCCCCUGCGCCCGCAUCGCGCCGCCCGGGGCCGAAGCGCCGCGGUCGCGGCGGCCGCAUCACCGGCGCGGCGGCGGCAGCCGCCGCCGCCAAGGCGGCCGCGAAGGCCGCCGCCGGCGCUGGCGGUGGCUUCACAGCCAAGGCGGCGCCCGCCGCGCUCCGGCCCGCCAAGGUGGAUCUCAUCGCCAUGCCUGACGACCUGCCGGAUGAGCUGCCGGUGGUGUGCUGCGGCCGCCACGGGCUGCUGUACCUGCGGGCGCAGACGGUGCUGCACAGCGGCGCGGUCAUGACGGUGUCACACUUUGAGCGCAUCUGCGGCCGCGGCGACGCCAAGAAGUGGAAGGCCAGCUUGCUGAUUGUGGACGAGGAUGGCGUGGGCAAGCAGUCGGUGGGGGACUGGCUCGCCGAGAACAAGAUUGACUCCAAGAUGCUUAACCGGCUCCAGGCCAACGCCGCAGCCUACGAGGCCUACAGCAGGUGGCGGGCCGAGAACCCCGAGCUGGCCGAGGAGGAGGAGCAGCGCCAGCAGCAGCAGCAGCAGGCGGAGGCGGAGGCGGAGGGCGCAGCCGUCAAGGCAGAGGCGGAGGUCGCGGAGGCGGGCGUGAAAGAGGAGCUGGGUGUCAAGGAGGAGGCCGCGGGUGGGGCGGCGGGUGGGGCGGUGAAGGGGGAGGGCGAGCCCGAUGGCAGCGGCAGCGGUGAGGGCACGGCCGCGGGCGCACAGGCGCUGCCGCGGGUGAAACUGGAAGUGGAGGAGCAGGAGCCGGGGGCAGCGCAAGUGCGCGCGGCAGGACUGGAGCAGGCGGAUGUAGAGGCAGUCGAAGCGGGGCGAGAGGGCGCCGCUUCGCCGACGACCGACGGCGGCGGCGGGAGCCGCGGCGUGUCACCUACGCCUGGCAGCUUCAGUGCCGGCGGUGGCGUGACGACAGGGCUGGAGACCGCGCCAUCCGCCACGCCGUCCGCGGCGGCGGAGGCAGACGGCGGCGCGUCGGAGCCGCCGCCCAGCCCCACCCGGCGCGUGCGGCUGUUCCACCUGGACCCCCCGACACGGCGGGGGCUGCUGGCAUUCGUGGCGGAGACGCGCGGCAACCUGGCAGCGGCUGCGGCGGCCGCCUCUGGGCCGACGCUCACCGCGCCGCCACCACCACAGCUGCCGCUGCCGCUGCAGCUUCUGCCGGCGAUGGAUCCGGAGGCCGCUGCUUUGAUGGCGACGGAGGCGCCGCUGGGUCCGACUGCAGACCUCAUGGACGCAGACGGACCCGAGGGGCCGGGCUCCAUGGCGGGUUGGGCGUUGGCGCCCGCCGCCGGCCCGGGGCGAGGGCGGGGGCGCGGCCGCGGCCGCGGCUACUACGGCCGCGGUGGCGGCGGCGGCGCCGCCGCCGCCGCGCUGGCGGCGGCUUCAGCCGGCUUGCUGCCUGGCGAGUGGCCGGGCUGGCCGCACAACUCGCCGCAUGUGAUCGGGACGCCGGCGCGGCUGCGCAACGGUAGCGCCUCCACGGCGCCGCACGGCUGCGUGGGACACAGCGUGCGGCUGUUCUGGAUGGACGACGUGGAGUGGUAUGAGGCGGAUGUGGCGGGAUACGACCCGGCCAGCGGCAGGCACUACCUGUGGUACCACCUAGAUGAGGCCACCGAGUGGAUAGACCUGGCGGCGGAGGACCGCGCCGGCCGAGUGCAGUGGUUGCCCUUCGCCGUGGACGUGGAGGACUGGCCGCCGCCGCCUCCGCCGCCCCCGCCGCCGCCAGUGGCUGGCGCCUCCGCAGGCAAGCCGCACCGCUCUGGCGGCCGCCCGGCCGGCGCCGGCGGCGGCGGCUACCGCAGCCGGGACGACGACUGGGGCGCGGACGAGGAUGAGGAGUUCCGUCCGCGAAUGCGCAGCAAGCGCGGCGGCGGCAGGGUCGGCGGCCGGGGCCGGGGGCGCGGCGGGCGCGGUCGGAGCCGGGGUCGCGGCGGGUCUGGGUUCAGCUAUCGGCUGUCGGCUGCGGAGCGUGGCGGCUAUGACGAUGAAGAGGACUUCAUGGACGUCGGUGGUGAUGAGCUGGGCGGCCUGGGCGGCGGCGGCGGCGCGGAGCUGGAUGUUGAGGCGGACGGUGUCGGCGCUGCGGGCGGUGCCGAUGGCGCCGGCGGUGGCAGUGGCGGCGGCGGUGGCUUGGAGGCGCUGGCGCUGCUGGGGGGUUUGGAUGCCCUGGCGGCAGCGGCGCUGGAGGAGGAUGGCGAGGGCGGCGGCGGCGGCGGCCCUGACGUCAGCGGCGCAGUGACGGACGGCGGCGCCGCCACUGACGGGGAGCUGGGUGAUGCGGCGCGCGAGGCUGGCGGCGACGGUGGCGAGGGCGGGGCGGCGGAUGAGAUGGAGGUGGAGGAAGACAGGGUGGGGCAGCCGCCGCCGACUGCCGGGGCUGAGUGCGUGGGCUGGCGCGUGCGCUGCUUACCCAUGGCUUCUGGCGGCGCCGCCGGCGCCACCGCCGCAGGAGCAACCGACGGCGAGCCUGGCGGCGGCGCUGCCGCCACCGCCACGCGUAGUGAUGACUGGUUCACGUGCCUCAUCAUGUCAUACGAUCCGGAUUCGGAUCUGUACGGCGUGGAACUGGAUUCAGGCGAGCCGUACACGCUGCGGCUGGGCUCCAUGGCGCAGGUGGUGUGGCUGGGCGGCGGCGCGGCGGCGCGGCGCGCGCACGAGGCGGCGCGGGAGGCGGGGGAGCGCGAGGCGGCGGCGGCGGAGCGGCGACGCAAUGCGCCUCCCGAGAUCCCUGUGGUGUGCAACGGCAUGCAGGGCUGGUUCCUGGUGGCGCAGGGGCUGGUGCGGAUGCAGGCUGGUCGGGUGCUGUCACCGACGGAGUUUGAGCGCGUGUCGGGCAAGGCCGCGUCCAAGAAGUGGAAGGUGACGCUGCGGGUGCUGCAGCCGGACGGCUCGCUGGGCAUGACGCUGGGCGAGCAGCUUGUGGAGCUGGGGUUGGAGGAGCCGACAGUGCCCAAGCCGCGGGGGCAGCCGCCGCCGGCUCCCUCCCUGCUGGACGGCUCCCGCCGCCGUGCGGCUGCACGAGACGCCGUCGCCGCGGCAGCAGCCGCGGUGGCGGCUGUGGGCGGCGGCGGCUCGGGCACAAUCCGCGCCGCCAAGGCCGCCACGGCGGCUGCAGUGGCGGCUGGGUCGUGGACUGCCUUGGCUUCUGCGUCUGGGGGCUCGGCGCGGACAGCUGCGUACGGAAGCAGGUCACUGGUUGGCGCCGCCGGCAGCAACGUGCCUCGAGUGCACCGCCCCGGCUGCACGUGCAUCAUUUGCAAGCAGGGCCGCAAGGACGGCGGCGGCAGCGGCGGCGGCUUCUCCAGCUGGGGCGGCGGCGGCAGCGGCGGCGGCUGGGGCCGCAGCGGCGGAGGCCGGGGCGCCGGCGCGCGGGCGGCGGCAGCAGCGGCGGCGCUGGCGCUCCCCCUGCCGCCUCCGCCGCCUGCCCGCACUGCGCCUGUGCAGCAGCUGCGUAGCGGCAAGCAGGCGUUCGUGUCCGCCACACCGCAGCUGGUGCGGGGACCCAUGCAACACGGGUAUUGGACCAUGCCGCCCACGCGCUGCUACUCGCCGCAGGAGUACAUGGCCAUGCGGGCGGCAGAGCUGGAGGCGCAGGCGGCGGCGGAGGCAGCGGCGGAGGCGGAGGCGGAGGCCGAGCGGCAGCGCGAGGCGGCGGAGCGCGACACCGCGCGGCAGAUGGCGUCACGCGCAGUCGCCAUGGGCGCGGCGGCGGCGCGCGCGGCGGCGGCAGCGGAGCUGCCGCAGCCGCCCGCCGUGGGUGAGGAGGCCGCAGGCUGUGCAGUGGCGGCGGCGGUGGGGGCAGCGGAGGAGGAAGCGGCUUACGCCGGCGGGCCUUCGAGCAUGGACAUCGACGGCCAGGCAGGGGCCCAGCCCACACCUGCCUUUGCAACACCGCGCACCAUGCCUGGGCACCUGUCUGACGCCUUGGCUGCGGCAGGAGCGGCGGCGCCAAGGGCAGCUGGUGGCGGGGAUGAGGAAGGGGACGGUGGGGACGAGGAGGCGCACCCAACCACGGCGUCCAAGGCCGCGGCAGCGGCAGCUGCGGCGGCGGCUGCCGCCGCGGCGGCGGCGGCGCUGUCUCCCGGCAGCGGCGGCGGGUUGAAUCUGGGUGGCAGCAGCAUUGUGCCGACUGGCGACCUGAGCGACAGCGACAGUGAAGACGAGGAGGAGGCGUUGGCGGACGAGGGGGCAGCCGCCGCGGCGGCGGCGGCGACGGCGCAGGCUCCGGGUGCAGCGGCUGCUGGCAUGACAGCGCCGCACACGCAGUUGGGGCACCCGCAGGAGCAGGCGACUGCAGGCGGCGCGGCGGCACCCGGCAGCAGUGCUGUGGCGGAUGGCGCGGCGCCGUCGGUGCCUGCCGGCGUCUCUGCGACUGCGCCACCAGCUCCGGCAGCGGCAGCUGGACUGGGCCUGCCCACAGGGCCUGGCUCCGGCGUGGGGCAGCUGGCGCUCCCACCAGCAUUGAACCUAGGGCGCCUGGUCGCACCGGGUACGGACCCCGCGGUCGCAGCCACAGCGGUUGCGGCGGCGGCGGCAGCGGCCGCGGCAGCACCGCCUGGCGCCGAGAGCAGUGCCGUGAUGGCCGCGAUGAUGGCAGCCGCUGCCGCCGCCGCGCCAGGUAUCGACUCGGCGGCUGCAGCGGCGGCGGCGGCCGCGGCGGCGGCUUCUGGCAUGUUCCCCAUGCGCCUGGCGGCGCCGCCACUGGCGCAGCAACAGCAGCAACAAGAGCAGCUCGCGGUGCCGGGGUUGAUGCUCGGGUCCAUGUCGGGACCUGGUGCCGCUGGCUUUCAGUUCGCGCCACUUGCGCCGCCGCACAUGGCAGCGGCGGCGGCGGCAGCAGCCGCUACAGCGAAUGCGGCGGGUGGCGGGGGUGCGGGGGUGCCGCCUCCCCUGCUGCCCUUCCCUCAGCAGUUGCAGGCCCUGCCCUUCAUGCCGGGGACCGGCUUCCCUUUCACGGGCAUCUCGCCAGAGCAGCUGAUGCAGCAGGGGCUGCCGCCGCCACUCAUGUCGGCACCUCCAUCACUCGAACCGCCGCCGACCUUGGGGCCGGCGGCUGCUGCUCCUGGCGCUCCCGCCAGCGCCGCCUCGCAAGCUUUCACCGGCACGCCCGCCGCCGCCGCCAUUGUGGCUGGGGCCGCCGGGGCCUCGCCUGGUCGUGAGGCGCUGCGCGCCAGCGAGCGGCGUCUCAAGGCGGUGCGGUGGGAGGAGCGGCUGCAGCGGGCGCUGGCGACGGAGAGGGCGCGCAUCACCUUUGGCAAGAGCGGCAUCCACGGCUGGGGCGUGUUCGCGAGGGUGGACAUCCCACAGGACGCGGUGGUCACCGAGUUCCGCGGCGAGGUGGUGCGGCCGGUGCUAGCGGAGAUGCGCGAGCGCAGGUACCGGGCAGCAGGCAAGGACUGUUACCUGUUCCACGUCAGCCGCGAGCUGGUGCUGGACUCGACCCACUUGGGCCACUACGGCCGCUUUGCCAACCACUCCUGCUCGCCCUCGCUGUACACCAAGGUACUGGAGUUCGAGGGCGGCCGCCGCGUGCGGCUGGCCUUCUGCGCGCGUGUGGAUAUCCGUGCGGGGCAGGAGCUCACGUUCGACUACCGGUUCAAGGAGGAGGAGGGCAGCGCCAAGGUGGCGUGUCGCUGCGGCGCGCCCAACUGCAAGGGCACGCUCAAUUGAGGGCGAUUGAGGCCUCGGGUUUGGGAGGUGGGAGGCGAAGGAGAGGUGGUGGUGGUGGUGGUGUUUGGGAGCUGUGUGGUGGCGAUUGUUGCGAGUGGUGUGUGGUGAUGGGUGGCGACAGGGUGGGGCUGCGCGGGGAGAGGUGGAGGAUUAAUGACGGUGAGAGGAUUGUGGUGGGGCGAUGACUGUGAGCGGUGAAGAGUUGGCCAUGUUGGGUUAUAUCGGGAGCGGGGUGGAGAGCGGAGACGUACAGGUGAGCGCCCGAAGGCGCAGCAGCUUAUCCGGAAUGUAUACUAUCAAACCCUUCAGUUCCAGAAGCUCGGAACGAUGUCUUGUGACUCGUGCGGAUUUUUGUGCGUGUGGUCGCCACGAGAAAGCAGCGGUUGCACCCGGGGGAGCGGAUGCUUUGCGUUCAUUCAAUGGUGUGAGAGUGGAGGUGCUCUAAAUUGUCGGCUUUCCUGAGAGCGCGGCUACUCCACACUGCAUGGAAGGCAAUCGCGGAACUGUUAAUAAAGGGGAAACGGCUGUGCAGGCCUGCAACAGACACACUGUGGGUGCGGGUCGUUCCAGGGCUGUGGUGGCCACGCCACCUGCGCGUUCGGGAGGAGAUGUGUAUGUGUGUGUAUGAUGUGUGGCGGAGUACGAAACGGGUGCGUGAACGCGCCCAUGCGCCUGCGCAGCGCAGCCUGCGCAGGUCAGGAGUGUUGCUCGCGGGGCUUGUCACACACCUACGUGACGUGGGGUUGGCGGGUGUGUAGCAGGGUUGCAUGCACCGCAUCCCUCCCCCCGCGGUGUGUGUGUAAAGCGCAAACAUGGGUAGAGCAGGAUGUAUCGAGCGGGUGUCCCGCAACUGAUUAUGUGGACGGUGUUUGGUGCACGGCCAGCCGCGCUCUGGGGUGGCACAUGGGAUGUGUUUACAACGUCGGACUGGAUGCACGUGUCUCAUGCACUGAGGCGGUUGGGGAGUUAGAUACGGAGGUUUUCCUCAGCCUUCCCUCGCCGGCGUGACGGUGCUUCAAUGCUGGGCACGGCACUCGGGCACUAUAAUCUUG